AUGGUCGAUGCACUUUCCACCCUCGCCAGCGAUAUAGAGCCUCCUCCUCCGUCUGUUAUUGCUCCCGACCCAAAAAUCCAAAAGCCCGACAUUGACGAAGCCCCUAAGAAGGGUCGAAAGCGGGUUGCUGAACCGCCUCUGGCAAAACCUCUGAAAAAGCAACGGGUGCCUUCGACCCCUCCUCCACAGGCGCCCGUGGCGGAAGACGAAGAUUCAGAAGGGAGUGCACACUCCCACAUUUUCUCUCCGUCGAAGGCUCCGCCCAAGACUCCACCUACUCCUACGUGGCGGAAGAAGGCUCUGUCUAAAAAAACUCUAACCAAGGUGGACCAUAGGGCUCGCCCGACCAUCCAAAAAGAAUUCGAAGAGGUUCCACCCCCCUGGGAUUCAGAAAGGACUCCUACUGCUUCGCCUUUUGUCGACCUCCAGGGACCUCUGGGUUCCCCGAUUGAGGUCGAGACCGAAGUCAGGGAUUCGACUGAACAUCCCCUCGCUGAUGCUGCCUUAAGCCCACAACAACAAACUGAGUUUUAA